CUGUAGAGCUCAGGACGAGCAGAGGAGUGCACCGCCCGUCCUCUUUCACCAAUUGUACAUAGUUAUUUAUUUAUUCCGCCGACUCCACGUCUUCCACUACAAUGACCCGCUGGAUUCCCACUAAAAAAGAGAAGUACGGAGUCGCGAUCUACAAUUAUGAUCCAAGCGGAGAACAGGAGCUGUGUCUGCAGGUGGGGGACACUGUGCACAUACUUGAGAAAUUGGAAGGCUGGUAUAGGGGCUACACGCUACGAAAGAAAUCACAGAAGGGCAUUUUCCCAGCAUCCUACAUCCAUUUAAAGGAGGCUACAGUCGAGGGAAUAGGCCAGCAGGAAAUAAUUAUUCCUGCAGAUUUACCCCUGGUGCAGGAGCUCGGAGCCACUCUGAGGGAAUGGGCGCAGAUAUGGCAGAAGCUCUUCGUGGCAAACAAGACUACACAAUUCAGGAGUGUUCAGCAGAUGGCCUACAGCCUCAUUGAGUAUCGAUCCCAGAUAGUUUCAGGAACGCUGCCGAAGGACGACCUUGUGGAGUUAAAAAAGAAAGUCACUGCAAAGAUUGAUUAUGGAAACCGGAUUCUGGGACUCGACCUGGUGGUGCGAGAUGAGGCAGGAAACACGCUGGACCCUGACCAUACCAGCACAGUCAGUCUGUUCAGGGCACAUGAGACCGCGUCCCGUAGUGUGGAUGACAGGAUACAGGAAGAAAAGACGCGGCUACAAAACCUGGAGAUGCGGCGUCAGAAUCUGUUUAACUCCGUUCACACCUACAGCCUGCUCAUGAAUCUGAAAAACUUUGUGUGCAACAUCGGAGAGGACGCUGAGCUGCUUAUGUCUCUGUACGACCCUGACCAGUCUGAGUUCAUAAGUGAGAACUUCCUGGUGCGCUGGGACAGCAUGGGGAUGCCUAAAGAAAUUGAAAAGCUCAACAACUUGCCAGCACUCUUCACGGACCUGAGCAGCAGUGACUUGAUGAGGCAAAGACUCUUCCUGGUGUGUCAGAUCAUCCGAGUGGGCAGCAUGGAGCUCAAAGAGGGCAAGAAACACACCGGAGGACUGAGGAGACCCUUUGGGGUGGCUGUGAUGGACAUCACAGAUAUCGCUCACGGGAAAACAGACGACGAGGACAAACAGCAUUUCAUUCCUUUUCAGCAGAUAGCUAUGGAAACCUACAUCCGUCAGAGGCAGCUCAUCAUGUCUCCGCUCAUCCCCUCCCGAGUCAUCGGAGAGAAUGAGCCGCUCACCGCUGUCUUCAACAAAGUGAUCGCCACGCGGGAGGUCAAUCACAAAGGCCAGGGGCUGUUUGUGACCCUGAAGCUCCUCCCGGGGGAUCUGGCCCAGGUCAGGAAGGACUACCCCCACUUUGUGGACCGCAGCACGGCCAUCGUCAGGAAAAUGGGCUUUCCAGAAAUCAUUCUCCCAGGAAACGUCAGGAAUGAUAUUUACGUAACCUUGCUGCAGGGAGAGUUCGACCGUGGUAAAAAGAAGACCCCGAAAAAUGUAGAGGUCAUACUGAGCGUGCACGACAAAGAGGGCAAUCCAAUGGAGAAAGCUAUAUUUCCUGGGGCUGGAUAUGAUGGCAUCACAGAGUACAAGUCUGUCAUCUACUACCAGGUGAAGCAGCCAUGUUGGAAUGAAACAGUCAAGGUGACAAUCCCCAUUGAGGACGUCAGCCGCUGUCAUCUGAAGGUGAUGUUCCGACACAGAUCUUCCCAGGACUCUCGGGACAAAUCAGAAAAGCCCUUCGGUAUGGCCUUUGUGCGGCUCAUGAGAGGAGACGGAACCACGCUGAAAGACGGCAGGCAUGAACUCAUCGUAUACAAGGUUGACGUGAAAAAGGCAGAGGAUGCAAAGGUUUAUCUCGACUUGCCAGCGACCUGGGCUGAAGUUGAAGAAAUGGAGAAGCAAACAGGGAAGCAGUUCCACCAUUCAGGAGUGAUUCCUGUGACUAAAGACAGCUUUCAGAUCGCUACGCUCACCUGCUCCACUAAACUCACUCAGAACGUGGAUUUACUCGGACUGUUGAACUGGAGGUCCAACCCAGAAGCCCUAGACCAGAAUCUGCAGAGACUGAUGGAGGUGGAGGGAGGGGAGAUUGUCAAAUUUCUCCAGGACACUCUUGAUGCCUUGUUCAGCAUCAUGAUGGAAACCUCAGAAAAGGAAACAUAUGAUACCCUGGUCUUCAAUGCCUUGGUAUUUAUAAUCACACUGAUUGGCGACAUCAAAUUCCAGCACUUCAACCCAGUCCUGGAAACAUACAUCAACAAACACUUCAGUGCCACUUUGGCUUACAUGAAGCUAACCAGGGUCCUCAACUACUACGUGGGCCACGCCGAGGAGCCUGUCCUGACUGAGAGGCUCUAUGCUGCACUCAAAGCUCUCAAAUACCUGUUCAGGUUUAUUGUGCAGUCUCGAGUUCUCUAUCUCAGAUUCUAUGGAAACAGCGAGGAUGGGGAUGCUUUUUUCAACUCCAUUCGUACCCUUUUCUUGUCUUUCAACACGCUCAUGGACAGACCGCUGGAUGAGGGGGUGAAGAUAAAGGGAGCGAUAUUGAAAUACCUCCCCAGCAUCAUUAAUGACAUCCAGACUGUGUUUGAUCCGGUGGAGCUCAGCGUCCUCUUAGCAAAGUUCAUCGAGAGCAUUCCUGACUCUCAGCUCGUGCGUCAGAAGCUGGGCUGCAUGUGUAAAAUGGUGGAGAGUGACCUUUUCAAGCAGCCAGAUUGUCGGGAUGUGCUCCUGCCGCUUGUUACCGACCAGCUGAGUGGGCAGCUGGAUGACCACUCGAGUAAACCUGACCAUGAGGCCUGCGCUCAGCUGCUCAGCACCGUGUUGGACAACCUGGACCGCAAGGAUGUGGGUCCCACCAGAGGACACGUCCAGCUGAUAAUGGAGCGGCUUCUUCGCAGGGUUAAUCGUACUGUCAUCAGCAUGGACAGAUCCUCACCACUCAUUGGCCACUAUCUCGCCUGCAUGACGGCCAUCCUGAAGCAAAUGGAUGACAUGCAUUACGCCCACUACAUCAGCACCUUCAAGACCAGACAGGAUAUCAUUGACUUCCUCAUGGAGACAUUCAUCAUGUUUAAGGACCUCAUGGGAAAUGUCUUCCCAGCAGACUGGAUGAUCAUGAACCUGGUGCAGAUGCAGGUCUUCCUCAGGGCCAUCGGCCAGUACUCAGACGUCCUGAACAUGUACUUCCUGGACCAGGCGCAUUUUGAGCUGCAGCUGUGGAAUAACUACUUUCAUUUGACGGUGGCCUUCCUCACCCACAAGACACUGCAGCUGGAAUCGUUCUCUCAGGAGAAACGAAAUAAGAUACUGAACAAAUACGGGGACAUGAGGAAGACGAUUGGAUUUAAGAUUAGAGACAUGUGGUACAAUCUCGGCCCGCACAAAAUGAAGUUCAUCCCCGCCAUGGUCGGCCCCAUCCUGGAGGUCACACUAGUGCCGGAGCCCGAGCUGAGGAAAGCAACCAUUCCAAUCUUUUUCGAUAUGAUGCAGUGUGAGCACAACUUCAGCCCCGGUCGCACCUUUGAAACGUUUGAGAACGAGCUGAUAACAAAAUUGGAUCAAGAAGUGGAAGGAGGCCGAGGGGAUGAGCAGUACAAAGUCCUGCUUGAGAAAACUUUGCUGGACCACUGCAGACGCCACAGAUACCUGUCUCAGUCUGGAGAGGAGCUGGCUCUGCUGCUGAGCAGUCUGCUGGAGAAUCUCCUGGCAUACCGCACCAUCACACACGAUGAAAGUCCUGAGCAUCGCAUGAGCUGCACCGUCAACGUGCUGAAUUUCUACAAAGAAAAAAAGAGGGAGGACAUUUACAUUCGGUACUUGUACAAGCUGCGGGAUUUGCACCUGGACUGUGAAAACUACACAGAAGCAGCCUACACCCUGCUGCUCCAUGCUGAAUUACUGGAGUGGUCUGACAAAACCUGCGCACCUCAUCUGAUCCCAAGAGAUGGGGAGCAUGUGUGGACCCAACAGGAGCUAAAAGAGAGGCUCAUCCAGGAGAUUAUUUGCUAUUUGGACAAGGGCAAGAUGUGGGAGAAAGCCAUUGAGCUGGGGAAGCAGCUCGCCAAGAUGCACGAGAGCCACAUGUUUGACUUCAUGGAGCUGAGCCAGCUGCUGAAAAAACAAGCCCAGUUCUAUGAAAAUAUCAUGCAUGCAAUGCGGCCACAGCCGGAGUACUUUGCUGUAGGAUAUUAUGGCCAUGGAUUCCCCUCCUUCCUCAGGAACAAGAUGUUCAUCUAUCGAGGCAAAGAGUACGAGUGGCUCGAAGACUUCAGCUUAAAGCUGCUCUCUCAGUUCCCCAAUGCGGUACGGAUGACCAGCACGGCGCCCCCUGGAGAUGACAUCAGUAACUCCAAUGGACAGUACAUCCAGAGCUUUACUGUCAAGCCUGUUCUGACUGUACCGCAGCAGUUUAAAGACAAGGGGGUUCCAGAGCAGAUAUUAAACUAUUACAGAACCAAUGAAGUGGAACAGUUUCAGUAUUCCCGGCCCUUUAGGAAAGGUGAAAAGGACCCAGACAAUGAGUUUGCGACCAUGUGGAUUGAGAGAACAACUUACAUCACAGCGUAUCGCUUCCCGGGGAUUCUGAAAUGGUUUGAAGUCAAAUCUGUCUCUGUGGAGGAGAUCAGUCCUCUGGAGAACGCCGUAGAGACGAUGGAGAUGGCCAACGAGAAGCUGAGUAAUCUUGUGCAGCAGCAGGCUUGUGAUCGCUCUCUGUCCAUCAACCCGCUGUCCAUGAUGCUCAGCGGCAUCGUUGACCCUGCUGUCAUGGGCGGCUUCUCCAACUAUGAGAAGGCGUUCUUUACAGAAACCUACAUCCAAGAGCACCCAGAGGACCGUGAGCGCAUCGAGGUCCUUAAACACCUCAUCGCCCUGCAGAUCCCUCUCUUGGCAGAUGGGAUUCGCAUCCACGGGGAGAAGACGACAGAGCAGCUGAAGCCCUUACACAACCGUCUGGUGACUUGUUUCGCAGACCUUCGGGAGAAAGUGGAGAAGCAUUAUGGCGUCAUAACCUUGCCUUGCUCUCUCACCGAGAGGAAGAAGGGCCGCGUGGGCUCCGUGGUGAUGCCCUACAUCCUGUCCUCCACCCUGCGUCGCAUGUCCACCGUCUCAACCCUCUCCAACGCCUCCUCGGGCCUCUCCAGUGGCUCGGCGUCCUCAGAUGGACCCUCCUGCAUUUCCUCCCACGAUGAUCGCAGGACCUCCAUCUUGUCCCGCUCAGAGGAAGACAACAGGAUUGGUCGAAAGAACAGGAAAGAGUGGAGUGUGAGCAAAUCCCAGGUCCUUCUGGAGAGGCAGUCAGAUGUGGACGAGACUCCUCCGGAGAAGCAGCAGAGGCCCAAGAGUUUACAACUAGGAGACCGGCGGCUCACCCUCUCCUUGUUCCAGGGUGUUACAUCCCAGUUGAGCCUGUCUAACCCUCUCGGCCCACUACCUGCUUCUCCACACACGCCUCGCACACCACGCAGCUCCAGUUAUUCAUCACUUCUCAGUGACAAUGAUGUCAAUACCAUUGACACCCCAGGGACCCCCCCACCCAUGCCUCCGAAGAAGCACCCUCAUGAGACUGACAACCCUGGGUUCUCUUCAGAGUUCACGCCUCCCUUACCGAUGAAAACCGAGAGUAAGCCUCCUCCCCCACCUCCAAAAGUGCGAAAGUCGAUGUUCCCCUCGUACGAGCACUCCCCUCACUAAGGCUGCACCCACGCACACAGGCCUUCAGGUUUCACUAAUUCUUCAAUUUGGCUGAGCAAAGUUUCAUUUGUGCCACUCUGGGUACAGAUGCAGGACCAUCUACGUGGGAUGUUUGCACGAUGUUUCUCUGGAAAAGAAAAAUCUCUCACAAGUCGCUAAUAAUUCCAAACAGUGCUUUCUUCUCAGUAAAGUAGUUUUUCACUGCAGCUGCGAGAAAGAGUAUAUGAUGUUGUUGUAAGAGGGUACUUAAGAGCAAAAAUGAUGUAUGACUCUUUGUGCACAAGGUCACUGCAGCCAUGAUUCAGUGCGCCUUUAUCAGAGGUAAUGAAACAGUGAUUAGACGCUUUAUUCUUUGAAGAAAAUCAUGUUUUUGUACAGACUUUAUCACUUGCAGGGAAAAAAGAAUGACCAAUGCUGCAAUGUUAUUUUUAGCUUUUAUUUGAUGGAGUGACACUGGAUGACUUGUUUCCCUUUUAGCUGUUUACCUUCAUUCCAAGCCGACAUUUCCAUACAGGGAAAAAGCUGCAUAAGAUAAAUGACAAACUUGAUUAAGAGCAGGGAAUACAGUGUAUAGAAUGUAUUUGUUUUCUAUUGUGUUGUACAAUGAUCAAAUCAUUUUUUACUAAACAAAAAGGUUUUAGAGACACUGGAUGGCAUUAAUGAAUGUGUAGCACAUGAUGCUUUUAUGUUUAAGAUGAGCUCAAUACUGUAAAUGAUGCUUCCAAACUGAUUUUAGUGAUCAGCUGUAGCAUGCUUUGUUUAAAGGAACAAUCACUCUUUUUUAAAAAUGCGCUGAGAGUUACUUGAGAAGGUGAAAACAGCUCUCAUGUCUGCUGGACUGAACAAACAUUUACCCUGGCUGUGUCAAAAGUUAACAGCCUCUUCCUCGCAGCACCGGCGCUGGCUAAUUAACAUUUUUUCUUAGUAAUUAAAAUGGUCAAAUGUGUGUGUAAUAAUUACAGUUUUUGGUUUUACAGGGGGUAUUUGUGCAGUUGUCAGGCAACCAGCAAAGAUAACAAUUAAUGCUCCUGGCCACAAAGGAGUCUCAGCUACCACACGGAACCAACAGUUAUUUUUAAAGGUGAAUUUCUCUAAACAAAUGUGAUGUAAUGUGUUAAUUAGUGGACUUUAGUCAUGCCGGAAGUUAGAUUUUGUUGUGAUUACAUGGCUAGCUGCUUCCCCCUUUUCCAGUCUUCAGCUUCAUUAUCAUCCAACCUUGAGAGUUAAAACAAACUAUUAUUAAAUAGCAAAAAAAAUUCUUGAAAAUUCACACCCCAUGUUAACAUGCCCCUUUUUAACAGCAGAAAUAAACUUGUUUACAGCCUAGUACAAAAUAUGGUUUUGGUCUCAAUAGCUCAUGUCAUCAGUGGUGCACUCUGUGGGGGGCUGGAUUUUUGUGUUACUCAUUCUUUUUGAUUAUUUUAAGGCUUAGAGUAGGGCUGUGCAAUUAGACCCCAAUGUCAACAUAAUUGCAAUAUGCGCCCUUGCAAUAAACAUCACUAACGUCUGGAUUUAUACUUGUAAAAAAGAAAAAUAAUCUAUGUAAACAAGCAAUGGUUUCUCAUUUAGCAUGAGAAUAUUUUAGCUAAUGGAUGAUGGUAUAAUGGCCAUGCUUUCAGACAACUGUGUGCAGUCAGAUGAAGCUCAGGCUACCCAUCAAAAACCCUCUAAUGAAUUGGUGCAAAUAAAAAACUAAACCUUUUAGAGGGGUUCAGAGAGAUCAUGGCUCAGUUUGUACCUUCAUUUUUGGGCUGCUUCUAUUUCAUUUAAAAGGGAAAAAAGAAAAAAAGGCCUUGGAUGAAUAACAUAAGACUGCUCUGAUUUAUUUGAGAGGACACAAGUGCAAGUUACAUUUUAGUGCUGUUUAGAACUACCUCUAAGUACAACCCGUAGUUAUUAAACAAACAGAACAAAGAAAGCAAAGAGAAAAAUAAAGCAAAGCAUUGCUUGAUGUUCAUCUUUCUGUGGGGUUUAAAUUUUGGUGUUUGAAUUUACAGAUGUCAGACUUGUAUUAGAAUGCAGCACGUAAAACACCCCAUUUCCUGUUAUCGCUUUUUCAAAAUUAAGGCAUGCCAACAACAUAAGAACAGGGUAGUUUUAUUGUUUUUAAAAAAUUGACUGGAUUUUCCAAAAACGUUUAAAUAUUUUGCAUAAAAUGUUGGGGUAGUUUGCCUUGAAAUGUCCCUGAAAUUUUUGGGGGAUGUUUGCAUAUUUUGGAGAGUCUGAUUUUAAGUGUUUGGGGGUGUGGGGGUGGGUGUUAAGGUACUUUCAUUGGAAUUUCAGAAGUUUAUUUGCAGCUUUUUGGGGGGAAUUAAAUUAAAAAUUUUGGGGGAGUUCCCUUUGCAUUUUAUGGAAAUUUGCUUUUAAAUUUUUUUUUUAUUUUUGGAGGAAUUUGUUUGGAAAUUUGGUGUAGCUUUCUUGAAGAUUUCAGAAAUUUUCACUGGAACUUUUGGGCAGAAUUUUAUCUAAAUCUCAAGCGUUACUCAGAAAGUUUCACUGAAAUGGUUUGGGAUUCUUCUAGUUAAUUUUGAAUUCUUUUUAUGACAUUUUAAAAAAUGUUUAGAAAAUCUUACUAGAAUUUUUAAUGUUAUGUCUUGGAAUUUUAGGAAAUUGGGGGAAAAGUUUUGAAAAUCUUUAGUAAUGUUAAUGGAAGUGUUCCUAAACCAUCUGAACUUUGAGUGGAUGUUUAGUUCAUACUUGGCUUUUAUAAGUUCUUGUGGUACAUCAUCAGAAAAUAGCAUUCUUUGUGGAAACUACUUCCUGUUUAGUGGCGUGGCUUGGAUUUUAUAUUUAUCAGGUCAUACUUUUCCCAAAUAAGUGGUAGAAACUAAAAAUGUUUUCCAAACAAAAGCUCAUGUCUCAAGAAGUCAAGGUAAAUCUGAGUAGUAGCUAAUAUAUGCUCUUCAUUUUUACCUUCUUUCAUUACGGCAUUAUCGAACAGUUAUCAGGUGUUUUUGUAUAAUUAAGGGCAUUGUCUGAGGGUAUAGGCCUGCCUAGCUCUGCCUCUGCCUCUUUCUAGGUUGGCUGAGUGACAAGGUUUCCAACAUGGAGACCACCGUUGUUAGCCUUCUUUAGAAACUAACGGGUGUAAUCAUUGAGACUGGGUCCAUGUUUGAAACAUGAGAGCUGUUUAUCUUCGCCUUCAGAGUACACAAACUUUCCAAAGUUUGAAACUGUUCCUUUAAAGAAGCCUUAACACUGCAUGGUACAAGCAUAAAGAUCCUUUUUGAAGUUCACUUUAGCUUUAUAAUUCAGGUGUUGGUACAUUUCUGAGUUAACUAAUGGAAUUUAAAUUAUUCUUAUUCAGUGAAUUUUUCCAUUGUUUUGCACACCAGCUGUGUACAGAGACAGUUUACUUACUAAUUACACAAACUACUUUAAUGUUUUUAGGACAGCGAUACCGUAUAAGUGCCUUCAGAGUGCUAAAUCAGUACGUUUGAAAAUGAUCAAAAUGAGAUGCUUAUUAAGGUGUCUGUUUUAGAUUUAUUUUUAGAUUUUAAUCGUUUUAAAGGGACUCUUUUUUCUGUACAGUAGACAUAUCCUAACAAGCAACAAAGAGAUUUUCUACAAACAUUGCCUCAAGAGAGAUAUAUAUGCAUAAUGAUCCUUUUUUAUGAACAAGCUGUUGUUGACUGAACAAAAAUAAAAACUUUAUG